UUCGAGUUUCGUCCCGUGUAUAUCUUUUCUUCCCUUUGAGUACGCAGUGUCGUACUUAGAUCACAUUCCAUCAUGCGUCAACUCACUGAAGAGGAGACGAAGACGCUCUUUGAGAAGCUCAGUGCCUACUGUGGCCGGUCCAUCUCGAAUCUGAUCACGGCCGGCUCCGAAGACAACGACCGCUAUGUGUUCCGCAUGAUCGGCAGCCGCAUCUACUACGUCCCGCUGUCCCUGGCCAACCUGGCGACCUCCAUUCCUCGCGAUUGCUUGCUGUCGAUGGGUACUGCGAUCGGAAAGCUUACCAAGACUGGAAAGAUGAGACUCCACAUCACUGCGCUGGACGUGAUCUCCCCUCACGCACGCUUCAAGGUCUGGAUCAAGCCGAACGGUGUCGCCCCGUUCUUGUACGGAGGAAACGUUGUCAAGGCGCACGUCGGAAGAUGGUCCGAUGACUGCCCGGAGCAUGCUGGAGUGGUUGUGCUCGACCAGAAUGACACACCCUUGGGAUUCGGAGUCACUGCUCGGUCCACUGCCGAGGCACGGAAACUCGAGCCCACGGCGAUUGUCGUCUUCCGUCAGGCAGAUUGUGGAGAGUAUCUGAGAGAGGAAGAUACUCUUUUCACGACCUAGAGAAAAGUGUUGCAUACGCGGAAUCGAUCAUGGGGUUAUUUUUUAUAGAUACCUUGGGAUUCUCGCAGGAGUUUUGGAGUCGUCGUUUUUUCAUCGUGUGGCUAUGGUUGUUUUGUCUAGAAAAGUCUUUAUCCUGGUGUCUAGCCUUGUACUAUGUCUGACGCAUGAGAUAAUAUCAU